GGUAGUUAAUUUUGCAUGCAGGUGUGUGGAACAAGCUCAUUUAAUAACUCCCACCCAUCCAUUCUGUGCCAUCUUCAUGGGGACACGGGGGAACAGCCGUUCUGGCGGGAAGGAUCGCGCGAGGCUCCUCUGAGGCAGCGCCGGCGCCAGGGCCUGGGGUUCACGGGCCGGGGACACCCCGAGCCCUCAGGCCGCCGGGGCAGGGGCCGCUCCCCCGCGAUCCCGGCAGGGAGGGCAGCGCCCACCCCUGCAGCCGGGCGGGCUGGGAGAGAGAAGCGGGGAGCGGGGAGGCGGCGCCGCGGAGCCGGAGCGACCUGCCCCCCCCGCGCCUGCCGGGCCGGGCCGGGCCGGGGCGGGGCCGGCUCGGGGGGCGGGCAGGCGGCGCUGGUCGCUGUCCUGGGUGUUGAAUCUGCUGCGGCUGCCGCUCGCCGGAGCCCGGGAGCAGCUGCGGGAGGCGAAGGGCGGGCGGGCGGGCGGCAUGGAGUGAGGGCUGGCGGCGGCGGGCAGGGGAGCGGGACAGCCGCCUGCGAUGGGCCAGGCAUGAUGGGGGCGCUCGGCUCCGUCCUCCCGCUGCUGCUGCCGCCGCUGCUGCAGGUCCUCGCCGCCGCCCCGCGCAGCCAGCCGCCCUCCGCCGGAGCCGCCGCCGAGGCGCGGAUCGGCUGCCUGUUUGAGGAUGACCUUUGCAAAUCUUUUGAAGUCUGUGUAAAUGAUGGAAUAUUUGGGAGAUGUCAGCGAGUACCUGUAAUAGACGUCUAUAAAUAUGACAUUUCACCUCCUGUUCUGCAGCGCCUGAGGAUCAUCCUGGAGAAGCUCUCGCACAGAGGUUUUACCUGGCGAGAUGAUUAUACACAGCAUAUUAUUGGUCAGGAACUCUCAACCAUUCACAAAAUCCAAACCAGGCGCCCUGAAAUAUUUGCAUCUGAAGGAUCUGACACAGGCAGGACUUUGGGACAGAACGCAGAGAAAGAAAGAAAUUACGAUCUGGAAAAUGAUGUGAACUUGGCCAAGUCUCUUCAGCAAUAUCUUAGAUAUCUUGGAAUUCUUUCCCAGCCUGCAGCUACAGAUUUGCAUCCAAGGAAGAUGAAGGACAAAGCUUCUGUCAAGAACUACAUCUAUAAUGAUCCUAUCAGGUACUACAUGAUGCAAAACCCCAAAGAAAGAGCACCUCCUUUGGCCCGUGUGUCAACACCACAUCAACAGCAUGCUGAAAAUCUCCAUGGAAGGACCUUCAACCAACCUCAGCCAGACAGGUUCUCACCAGAGUCAGAAAUGGGGCUCGACCAAAAAACCCUGCUGGCUGCAAUGCACACGUACAUCACUCAGAACUUGUCAGCACAAAGCAACAAUAAAAGCUCCCACAGCAGGACUAAAGGGUCUCACAUUUACGCUGAUGGAUUCUACUCUUCGCAAGUCAGUCCUUUUGAUGGAACUUUUGCCAAAGAAAAAGCAGAUGAUGUUAAAAUGAAGAAGGUGUUCCAGCCAAGACCUGCGUCUGGAGUGCUGGGGCCAACCCCUGAGAUAAUGAAUCAUAAAUCUGCUUCCCCGGAUGAUCCAAAGGACCCUCUGAGUGUAGUGGAUGAGAAUAUUAUUAAAGAUGUAUUGAAGAACCUAGAGAAACACCAGGUGAACGUGGAGAAUCUCAGCUCAACAGAAUUGGAUGAGAUUGCUGAUACUAUCGCCAGUGCAAUUCAAACCAUUGGCAUUCAGGAAGAAACAGAGGAGAGUACUGGAAAAACUAGAGAAGACAAAACAGAAGCACAAAUGAAAAAAGGAGAUGUCCAAGGAAAGGCAGAGACACAGACUGGAUUAAUGGAAAACAGUGUUAACAAACCAGACAAUGGAGUACGUGAAGCCAGUGCAAGAACUGAUAAAGAGGAUAACACUGCAAAACAGGUUAACUUCUUGAAUGAGAAUGCAUUACGUGAAAAUAUGCGUAAAGACUUUAUACCUGAAGUCUCUACUAAGACAGAAACCAAGAAAUCUGAAGACACUGACUCUUCUUCCUCAGAAGAAAUAAAUGAUGGUGUGGAAAAUGUAAAAAGCGAGACUUUCUCAAGGGAACUGACAGCGGCAGAGAACAGUGAACCUGACUCCAAAGACCUGAGUGAGACCAGCUACUGGAUUAAGAAUGCUUUAAUGCAGGAUGGAAACUCCUAUAAAGAGCCUCAAAAAAAUACGGGACAAGGCUUACAACUUGAAGUGAAGUCUUCUGAGGAGAAAGAAUAUGGAUAUAUUGUUACAGUGAAAGACCCCCUGAGUGUGGAAAAGGGCUUGGAGUUAAUAAAAGAAGUGGCAGAUCUCCUGAAACUGCAGAUGAGUGCCUUCGAUGAUGUCAACGUGCUGGGACCAGCUGUGACCUUCAGAGUGCACUCAAACCUCCAGAACAUUUCCACUGCAGAUGUUGCCAAAGCAGCAGCCAUAAACAAAGUGAAGCUUGAAAAAACAACUGGACUGAAAAUUCUGCAGACUGGUGUGGGGGAGAAAAGCAACGUCCCGCCGCUCCCGCAGCGCGGGGAAGAGGCAGAAUCCGCCAAAUUCCUCCUCCUCACCCUCCUCUCCCUCGCCUGCAUCGCCGGGGUCUUGGUGGCGUCGGGGGUCGCCUACUGCCUCCGCCACCGCGCCCACCACCGCCUGAAGGAGAAGCUCUCGGCCCUGGGGACCGACACCGGCUCCGACGCUCCCGCUGCUUAUCAGGAGCUAUGCCGCCAGCGCAUGGCAGUGAAAACUUCUGAUCGCCCGGAGCCCCUGCACGCUUCUCGAAUAAAUAGUGUAUCUUCGCAAUUUAGCGAUGGGCCCAUUCCCAGCCCCUCGGCGCGGAGCAGCACGUCAUCCUGGUGCGAGGAGCCGGUCCAGUCCAACAUGGACAUCUCCACCGGACACAUGAUCUUGUCCUACAUGGAAGAUCAUCUGAAAAACAAGAAUCGUUUGGAGAAGGAGUGGGAAGCUCUGUGUGCUUAUCAGGCUGAACCCAAUGCCACCAAUAUCGCACUGCAGGAGGAAAACAUGCAGAAGAAUCGCUCACAGGCUGUAGUACCAUAUGAUCAUUCCAGGAUAUGUCUGAAAGGUGAAAAUAGCCAUGACAGUUCUGACUACAUCAAUGCUAGCCCAAUUAUGGACCAUGACCCCCGAAAUCCAGCAUAUGUUGCCACCCAGGGCCCUCUCCCGGCUACUGUCGCUGACUUCUGGCAGAUGGUCUGGGAGAACGGCUGUGUCGUUAUUGUCAUGCUGACACCCCUCGCCGAAAACGGAGUCAAACAGUGCUACCACUAUUGGCCAGACGAAGGGUCAAACCUCUACCACAUCUACGAGGUAAACCUUGUCUCUGAGCACAUCUGGUGUGAGGAUUUCCUCGUGAGGAGCUUCUACCUGAAGAACCUUCAGACAAACGAGACUCGCACAGUGACGCAGUUCCACUUCCUCAGCUGGAAUGAUCAGAGGGUUCCUGCUUCCACACGAUCGCUUCUGGAUUUCCGCAGAAAAGUAAACAAGUGCUACAGGGGUCGCUCUUGUCCAGUAGUUGUUCAUUGCAGCGAUGGUGCGGGAAGAAGUGGAACCUACAUUCUAAUUGACAUGGUUCUCAAUAAAAUGGCCAAAGGUGCUAAAGAGAUUGAUAUUGCUGCUACCCUGGAGCACUUGAGGGACCAGAGACCAGGCAUGGUCCAGACAAAGGAGCAGUUUGAGUUUGCUCUGACAGCAGUUGCAGAGGAAGUGAAUGCAAUACUCAAAGCACUUCCCCAGUGAGUGAGCGGCUCAGGCUCCCGAAGGUUCCCGCAGGAUCCGUCCCUCGUUUUCCUCAUCCUCAGUCCCUGUGAAUGUUCUUGGAAACCGUGACCUGACCUUAACUGUGUAUCUUCUGUUGUAACCACAUAGUGAUAGGGUCCUUACAAACUCCUUUAGCUGGUAAAAGUUCAACAGUUAAAAUGUGUAUUCUGUUUUUUUGGGGUUUUAAACAAAUUUUUUAAAGUACAUUGAAGCCUCGGAUUAAGUGACAGAACAAUUCCUUUCACAUCCUCAAAGCCCUGAAUGUCACUUUCAAAGCACACAUUCAUGUUCUUAAUAGCAAAUAUACAGUAUUGUGGGUAAUCAGUGCAGUCAAUAUCGUAUCAGAAAACAAUGCUCUGUUAUAUUUUGUAACUUCUCAAAGACUGACUAAGACUGGAGGGGCUGAAGAGGAUGAUGAUCAUUCCUUUACAAUGCCAAGCAAGAUCAUGAAGCAGUGCUGAGGGUGUGCAUAAACACGCGCCCCGGCUCUGGCAAAGAAAGCUCGCACCUUCUCAUGCUGGGCUUUGGCAAGCAAAUGUUUUCUUAACUGUUGUUUACUUUUCAGCUUUGUGCCAUGAAUAGAAGAAAAUCUGAACUAUAAGUAAACAGGCCUGCACGGUUGUUGCAACUGGGGAGAGCAAGUUGGUCACAUUAAUGGGAAGCCAGGAGAUAAUGAGCGCAACAACUCUGAGCGUUACCUACCCCUGGCAGCACGGACAAGGAGAGCGUAGAGUCACCUCGGGUGAUGGGGAAAGACCAUGUCAGCGUCAGGUAAAUGUCCGGAGCCAUUGUGAAAACAGAUUGUUGAUUUUAGGGGAUGACUGAGGAAGAAAAUGAGACUCUCCUCUUUAUAUUUUUUGCAUUUCCCUCUGUAAAACUGUGCUGUGCCAUCCCUUUUAGCCGGGAAAAUCUAUUUCUGUAAAAACCUGGCUUGAGGGAGAAAUCUCCAAUCAGCAUUCUGUGAUUCUCAUCAAGUUUGUCUGAUCCAGAUGUUCGUUGCACCUUUCUGCAGAGGUUCUGCCCACUCCUUGUUCUGAAUGAUACCUGUUUUAACUAAUCAUCGAGGGAUAAAGAAGCACACAGGUUGAAUUUCAGAAAUUCUUGUGUUCUCAAAAUCCUAACGCCUGCUGUUGCAAAGUAAUGCUAAAAUAUGCCUGUAAAUGGUUUCGUUAUGCGAUCUUGCCUAUGUGAAUUCACAGGUUUAGUUGUGGUACUCUACCAAAGGAAUUGAAAUUACUGAGAGAAAGUACUCUGAUAAGUUUGAAUGAAGGGCCUGAGAGUAAAAUCGUCAAAGGUACUAAGUGAUCUAGGUUCUUGAUUUCAUUUUCAAAAGUGAAUACUUGGAUGCUUUUUCAUGUUAUCCUACAUCUCUGUGAUUUAAGAAUUUGGGGUGCUUUUUUCCCAAAAUCUUAACAGUGUUGUGUGCUUGAAGCCAUAUUAGGCUAACUGUAUGACUUCAACACUGGAAGAUCUAUCAUUGAAUUUAAUUUAG